UUGUAUUAGUAAUGCAACCAAUUCUAGAAACUGACACAAAACCGAAGCAUCUUUAUUUAGAUUACUCCACAAAAGCCUUCUCAGCAUCACUAACUAUUUAUAAGCAAGCAAUAGUUUCAAAUAUAUGCAGAAAUCUAACACAGAGAAGGAGCAUUAAAGCAGCUGAUAUGACGCUUCAGUGUGUCUUUGAUGGAAGCGUUUCAAUACAUGAUAUUGAGAUUGAAAGAAGACCGUACCAUCGUAACUGCAAUUGUGCACUUCACAAGUUCAAUGGUGUCGGUUUAUAUGAUUGUUCUCAAAGAAGAAACAUAACAUUUCCAAAGAAACAAGCAAAAACUCAUUGUUUAUUGUCCUUAGCAGCUUCCAAAUUCUCUGCUCAGUAUUCUGUUCUCAGUGACUCAUCAUCAGAUAGAAACAGAAGAAUGCAUAAUUGGCGCAUGUACAUCUAUAAGAAUCUGCCAAGGAAGGAUAAAUGA